AUGCUACGGACCUGCAUGUGCAUGUGGUUUGGUUGUCUGUGGUGGAUAUUUGCUUCUGUGCUGCUAAUUCUGGCUCAAGGAAACAACGUCAGCCAACACAACCAGGAGAGGAUUCCCUGCCAGCCAGGUUACUACUGCCCACUGGGAAGUCUCACUCCAGUCCCCUGUCCUAAGGGAACCUAUGGACCAACUGCUGGAGCUGUAUCCCUAGAUGGCUGUCUGAAGUGCCCUCCUCACCACUACUGCCCCAGACAGGGCUUGUACACCUCCCUCCCCUGUGGUCCUGUGGCUCAACAGCCACUGUCUGGCCAGGACACCUGCAUCUGCCCAGGAGAGGGACAGAGUUUUCAGACCAGUCAUGGCCGUUGCCACUGUACCAUCGGGUAUCAACCCACCGCCAACGGAGAUGUGUGCGUGCAGCAACUGUACAAUGUCUGCAGAGAUGGAAAAACUCGCACACAGUAUGGAGACUGUUUUGACAGAUAUCAGUGGUCACUUCACUGCAAACAGCAGGUUCGGCCUUGUGUGAUAAUAUCACACUCAGAUAUACGCACUGGAAGUAGGGUUUGCCAAACUGCAGAGGACUACCGGGGUUAUGACGGGGAGCUGGGUCUGUGUAUUUGUAUAGAGACUCCUGGCCGAGCUGCAUGUGGAGGCCUGUGCAGGAGCGGGCCGGCUACUGGGCUGAAGCUCCAGUGCCAAUCUAGUGGAGAAAUGGAGCUGGUGUGGAACUAUGGCAGUCAGGUGUCGAGCGUCUCAGAAAGCGUGCUGACGCUGCUUUUUAAACAGUGGGACUCUCAGGGGAAUCUGCAGUGCAACAGCAUCCUCAACUCCUCACGUCCUGUCUACAUUGUUCAGACAACAGAGGCAGGCUUCCUCGGCCUCCUCAGCGGCCUGCCAAAGGAACUUCAGCAACUGUUUCCUGACACUGCACAGUGGGAGUCUCAGACCUCAGCUGUCUGUGCAGACACCUUGGAGGAAUUCUGGGAUUAUGAGCACCAGGUGGAUCUAGAGGCUUUCAGCAGCAACACCUUCUACAGCCUCUUGCUCAAACAGAGCUUGUCUGUCACCACACGGCUGGGACAGCUCACCACUGAGGUAAAGGAGCUUUACCAGGGAGUGCUUGGAAAACUGCAGUUACUCCACCCACGCCUGAUCUCUGAGGAGAGGAUGGGGGAGGGUUAUGAGAGGCUGAGGAGGGAGAUGGAGAGAGAGGUGGUGCGACGAAAGUCUUUGGCCUUGCAGAUGAGGACUCUGCUUGACAGUCAGCUGCAGGUUCUGAGGGGGGAGCAGCAGGCCCAGCAGAGGGUCCACGGUGUGUUCACAUCUCAGCUCAGAGAGUGCACCAGACUACUGUCCAAGCUUCACAACAGCAACCACAUCUCUAGUGAACUGCAACACCAAACUUUGAUCCAGAGACUAACGUGUCUUGUGGAUGAGAUGGGAGAGCUGGUGUCAGCAGAGUGUCAGCGUCAGGGGGCCUGGGGGCUGUUGGGUGAGGGUGUGGGGGCAAAGCUGCUCUGCCCCGACACCGGAGCUGUUCUGACCAAAGACGACAUUUUAGGUCCUGAUGGGUCCCUGCGAGUCUCUCGAGCAGUUCACUGUGAUUCAGUCACAGGCCUCAUAAGGCCAAAUACUCAUACCCACAUGUUGCUGAGCAGCGGCCACACCAUGGCCGUGCCGCCUGAUUUCUUCCUUCACCCGCAGACUGGCAGAGUCAUGCCCAUCGCUGGAAACGUGGCCUAUGAUCCUGUCAGCUCUACGCUGGUGUUCACCACUGACCUUUGCACAGGUGACAACAGGAAGUGGGACAGCCCCCUCCUUCCUUUCAUUCCUUACCCAACGUCCUGCCACUCAGACCAGCCUCUGCCCAGCGCUCGGCUCCGAGGCCUCCGACCGGGCCAGAGGCUGCAGCUGGGCAUUCCCAUGGCAGACCCAGACACGGGGGUCCCAGUACCCAUUCUGGCAGUAACCAUCCACCCCCAGACUGGACUAGUGUACCCACUGGGAAGGGUGCAUGUCUGCCCCCUCACCCGCUUGCCACAGCCCAUACAGAUUGGUUAUCCCAUGCUGGACUCCAGGACGGGCAACAUUGUGCUCACUGUUGGGGUCAGUUUAGAUCCAGUAACAGGAGAUGUGCUGCCAGGAGGUGGAGUUCUGCUGGCUGAGUCCUUCAUUGAGCCUCUGAGUGGGCGGAUGGUGAGAAUAGGAGGGGCCAGCAUCCGGGCAGGACAGUUGGUGCCUAAUGCAGGAGGAUACCAAACUUUACUGGACAGCAAGGUUCUGGCAGCAAUGUUCAAAGUUUUGGAUCUCCUGAAGCCGCUAACCGAGGAUUGGGGUUCAGAUCCAAAUUUGCAACAUCUGCAGCAUCAUCCAGGCAGUGAGAGAGGGAGUGGCCGACAAGAUCACCUUCUUGCUGCGGCCAAAGAGCUCCAGCAGGCCUGGGGAAGGAGCCUGCACUGCCAUCUGCAGCUGCAGACCAGGCUGGAAAUACUGCUCGACUGGGCAGUGGGUCUCCAGCAGGACGGAGGGACGUUGGGAGAGAUGCCUCUGUCAGGGUCAGAUAUGUGUGUGCCAGCUCUGCUUGGGAUGGAGUACCCCGACCCCAUGGGGUCUGGUCUUAGUGUACCUGUGCUGGGGUGUCACACUGACCUCGUCUCUGGGAAUACAAUACCACUGGCAGGAACCAUGGAGGACCCAGAUGGAAAAGGCCUGGUGGCGAUCCGUUAUGGAUCUCAGACUGUCGACCCAGUGACGGGGCUGUUGGCGCCGGUGGUCGGAGCGAGGCUGGAUGUGUCUAGAAAGAUCGUUGUGCCUGUUACAGCCUCCUACUGGCUAAUGGUGGCAGAUCAAACUGAUAGCGUGCAGGUAGAGGCGCUGCAGAGAGAGGUGUGUGUGCGAAACACUUACUGGCAGCAGCAGAGGCAGCGGGAGGAAGAUAUUCUCACUGAUCUUGACUCAGCUCUAUUCCAGUGUCUUUUCAGAAUCACAGAAACAAACUCUUACCAGGUCCAGUGGUCUGGGAGGCAGCUGAAGGAAGCAGCCGUGGAGCUGCAGGAUUCAGCACAGACAGAAGCCCAGAGGAGAGCGGCUCAGCACGCCCACUUGGCUCUGAUUCUGCCUCCACAUGUAUUACACAUCCUCACGUUGGGUGACGAGGAGGAAUGGGAUCAGCAGUGUGUUUGGCACUCAGAACUCACGUCUGGCCUUGAUAAGGUGGACGUGUGUGUGGAUCAGCUGCAACAAGACCAAGACAAAUGGACGACACAGGCAGGAGACUGGUCAACAAACCUGCAUGCCAUGGACAGAGAGCUGAGACAGAGGGAGUUGUGGGAGCAGUGUUGUUCCAGACAGACAGAGUUGGAGGCUGCUCUUAAUGCGCUGCACUUUGUCAGACACCUCUCUCAGCUCCGUGCCGACACUACUCAGGCUCUACUGUGUGGGAACUUUUGGUUCAAGGAAUACGGUCUGAUUCCGUGCAGUGGAAACAGACCAAAUGUGAAGGUCGUGGGUUUGCUCCAACAAAAAGCUUUGCCUCUGCUUGAGAGGCUAAACCAGCUCCUGGAAGAGAAACAACCAGCCAGCUUCUCCCCCAACAACUGCAAUCAGCACAUCUCUGGUUUGUCAACAAAGCAGGCUUAUGGUUUGGAAAUAGCCUCUCGAGUCUGGACGGCGUCUGUGCCUGUGGUGAAAGGAAUGUCCACCCAGUCUUUGAGGGAGCCUGUAAAUGUAGCUCAGUCCCAGGACACUGGUUUACAGGCCAGCUCAGCGCAGACCCACAACUCACAAAGACACACUGCUUCUUCUGGCAUUCACUCCCAGGAUAGUCAACAUAUGAAGGAAUCUGCUCAGCCUACACAUAUCACCGUCCCUUCAAUUUCAGAGGAGCAGUGGACAAGGCUGCUGGAGCUUUCACCUCUAUUCCAGCUACUGAAGGGGGUGGAGCUGCAGCUGAAGGGCUGGGCCUGUAAGGCAGGGAUUGUUAGUGGAGAGUUCGCUGACAGAGGCAAAAGUUUCUUAGAUGUCCUUGAUGCUCAGUGGGAAUGUGAGGGAGAGUUGAUCCCUUUGGACCUGUCAGUCCUCAAGCCCAGAGAGUUCCUGGUCUACCAGCACGGACUAUUCCUGAUGCGUACGCUGCACAAUCUAAAACUGACUCCAGCCAUUUCACUUCAGAUAGCAGCAAGUCUCCCAAACAACAACUAUCUCAACAACGCCUUCAGAAACUCCUUCUUUUAUCAGGAGGCAGAGGAGACACUGUUUGUCCGUCGCCAGAGGCUCCAGUCAGUUGGAGGCUUCUCUCUCCUGCUCCUCCAUUGUCUGUCCCAUGUCAAAGUUAAAGACAUGAGCUCUGACUCCAGUCCUGCCUUCCAGAGGCUUUUCUUCCAGACACUGCAGGAGAGCCUGGGGGAGCUAUUUCAGGCCAGACUGGGCAUAUCCUACUCUGGACAGGAAGCCAAUGUGUCUGUUUGGUUUCAGGACCAAGAGGCUCCCCAAGGGGACUUAAAGGAAUCUUGGUCAGACUCUCAUGCCGCCUCUCUGCUGCACAGGCUUCACAAACCAAGCAGAGGAUUGCUGUCUGAGGAUGAAGUUGAGAAGCUUAAGAAGAAGUACAGAGAGACAUCUGUGUUCUCCCAUCUUGAAGGACUUUUGAGAGAAAAGAGCUCUGAAGUUGGAGGAAAAGGCGAUGACCAGACUGAGUAAACAUUGUAUGUUGUUUCUGUGACUCUUGAAAGUUUCAAAAUCUGAAUCUCUUUAAAGAAUAAACAAAAUGGAACAAAUGAAGACUAAAAUGCUCUAAAUUGCCACCAGGCGCCAAAGAAUAACACAUGUUUGAAAAGUCAAGAGAAGUCAUGCAAACAGAAAUAUUUAACAGAAAGGCAGUGACAUUUAGCACUAACCACUAUCAGAUUGUUAGAUUUUUAGUUUGGGAUUUUUUUAUGGGGGUGUUUCAGAGAAUAACAAUGACUUUCACCCUAAACAGAUUUCUAAGUCCUCUCAUAAAACACAUUUUCCAACAUCAUUUCACAUGUGUUUUAUUAUGUGUUAUUUUGUCAAAUCAAACAUGACAAGCUUACUAAAUAAAAUAAAGUUUUCAAAA